AUGUACGUCGCGGUUUUCGUUUGCCUGGUGGUAAAAGCGGUACACUUCGAAAUCGUUCCGAACCUUACGUCCGCGGCGUGUAUCAACGCGAUCAAACGGUUUGUAGCUCGACGCGGUCGGUUAAUCGAGCUGCAUUGCGACAAUGCUACAGCCUUCGUCGGGGCUGACCGCGAGUUGAAGUCGUUGCGUCGCCAGUACCUCGAUCAGUUCAAAUCAGACGAAUGGAGGAGCUAUUGCCACGAAUCUGGAAUUUCCUUCCAUUUCAUCCCUGCUCGUUCUCCACAUUUCGGUGGUUUGUGGGAGGCCGGGGUUAAGUCGUUCAAAUUUCAUUUUCGACGGAUUUUUGCUGCAAAUUCUUAUACAUUGGACGAGUUUUCCACGGCAACGGCCCACACUGAGAGCAUACUAAAUUCCCGGCCUCUUACCCCCCUCACCGACAACCCAGAUGACCUCGCAGUGCUUACGCCCGGCCACUUUUUGGUCGGGGAACCGAUGUUCUCCAUUCCUGAGCCGGACGUUACAGAUGACCACGUAACUCGUCUCUCUCGAUUUCAAGAACUGCGCCGUUCUGUGCAAAAUUUUUGGAAACGUUGGUCCAGGGACUACAUAAGUCAGUUGCACCAGCGGUCCAAAUGGAAGAAUCCUGCACCAAACAUCAGCAAGGGAGCUCUGGUCCUUCUAAAACAGGAGGAUCUUUCACCGUUCAUGUGGAACAUCGGACGGGUGGAGCAUGUGUACGUGGGACCUGACGGAUUGGUGCGUGUGGUUCUGGUGCGUACGAACCGUGGCGUAUACAAACGAGCAGUAACCGAAGUCAGAAUUUUGCCGAUAGCUGUCGAUGAUGAACCUGAAUCGCAAGAAAAAUAA